AUGAGGGCUCUUUCUAGCUUGCUUCUGCUUCUGCUCAUUCAUGGCGUGGCAGUACAGAAGAAUUACCUAAACAACAGCUGUGUUGCCAAAGCACGAGAGUUAACUGAAAUUCCUUGUGGGCAUGCAGUGGCUGUUGCUUCUGAUCAUUAUGCACAAAUGAGCUUAGAUCCUGCAGGUCGGAAAACGAAAUUGUUGUCCAUCCACAUUGAAGCUAAGAAAGAAGAGUUUUAG